GCUCACUUCAACACUUCAACCAGACAUUGUUCAUGCACAGCAAGAACUCAACACUCAAUGUAUGAGCUGCUCAUACUUUAAGAGGUUCUGAUAAUCCAAAGUUGAGAAAAUCUGUUGGAAUUUAAGAGCUGAUUACACGUCUAGGACUCUCUCUGCAGCACUUUUCCUGGAUUUUACGCAUUCUGACAUCAGUGAAGUCUACUGACAGAAGACUUAUUCAGUGCAAGAAAAACACAUUUCAGUUUUGGAGCGUACCAACGACGGGAUCGAGGGUUAGGAUCCAUCAACACUGAGGAAAAGACAAAACGAUGGCAUUUAGUGACGUCUUAGAGCAGGUGGGCAGCACAGGGCGCUUCCAGGUCCUGCAUGUGGUCCUUCUCUGCGUUCCUGUUCUGAUGAUGGCCAGUCAUAAUCUGCUGCAGAACUUUGUGGCUGCAGUGCCGUUUCACCACUGCAGAGCGCACUCAAACGUGUCUCAGUCCCAGCUGAGCCCAGAGGAAAUGCUGCUGAUUACAGGGCCACUGGACCAGGCAGCCAGGCCGCACAAGUGCCAGCGGUAUGUUGCUCCACAGUGGCACCUCCUGGCAAACAAUGGGACCUUCAGUUCAGGGGAUCUGAGAGAGACUGAGGAUGAUCUGGAUGUGGGUCUGCAGGGAUGCGAGGAUGGAUGGUCCUAUAACAUGACUGCGAUGACCUCCACGAUCAUAUCUGAGUGGGAUUUAGUGUGUGAUCAGCGCUCUUUGAAACAAAUGGGACAGACAGUCUACAUGGGAGGUGUGCUUGUGGGAGCUCUGCUCUUUGGUAGUCUUUCAGACAGAUAUGGUCGACGUAUUCUCCUUCUUAUUUCUUACCUGCUGAUGGCAGUGUCAGGAACAUGUGUGGCGUUCUCCAGCUCCUUCUCCCUCUACUGCCUGUUCCGCUUUGGUUGUGGGAUGGCUCUGUCUGGCAAUGGACUCAACACCUUCUCUCUCAUUGUAGAGUGGAUCCCGACCCGUGUGCGGACUGUGAUUGGGACGAUAACUGGUUACUGUUACACGAUAGGACAGUUGAUCCUGGUACUGAUAGCCUACUUCAUUCGCGACUGGAGGUGGUUAACGCUGGCUGUGUCUUUGCCCUUCUACGUCUUCUUCCUCAUUGCAUGGUGGUUUCAUGAAUCUGCAAGAUGGUUAGUCCUGAAUAAUAAGCCAGAACAAGCCCUGAAGAACCUGAAAAGUGUGGCUAAAUUUAAUGGCCGCCAUGAAGAAGGAGAAAAAAUUGACAUUAAUAUCCUGCAGGAGUCCAUGAAGAAGGAGUUGUCCUCGGCUCAGGGCUCCUACUCUUACCUAGAUCUGUUCCGGACGAGAAGAAUGAGGACAAUGACGCUCGCCGUUAGCAUUGUCUGGUUAUCAACCAGCUUUGCUUACUAUGGUCUUGCUAUGGAUCUGCAAAAGUUUGGGGUGGACAUCUUUUUAAUCCAAGUGAUCUUCGGUGCUGUUGACAUCCCCGCUAAAGUUGUCAUAACAGUGUGCAUGAGUUUCAUUGGAAGGCGUCCAUCUCAAAGUGGUGUACUCAUUGUUGCUGGGACGAGUAUUCUGCUCAACCUGCUGGUGCCUCAUGAGAAACAGCUGAUACGCACGUGUCUGGCUGUUGUGGGUAAAGGUUGCCUUGCUGCAUCAUUCAACUGCUGCUACCUUUACACUGGAGAACUGUAUCCAACCAUCAUCCGACAGUCGGGCUUAGGCUGGGCGUCCAUGAUGGCUCGUGUGGGAUCCAUGGUGGCACCGAUGGUGCUUCUCGCUGGAGACUUGGUACCCUGGCUCCCAGGUCUGAUCUAUGGAGGAGCUCCAGUCCUCAGCGGAGUGGCUGCGAUCUUUCUUCCAGAAACACUGGGCUCACCUCUUCCUGACACAAUACAGGAUGUGGAGGACAGGGGAUCUGGGAGACGUCCCAAAAAGUUGUCAAAGGAAACCAUAACCCUGCAGAACAUGGAGACAGACUUACUGAAGCUACCUGCUUAAGGACAUCUGCUGAACACAUGGAGCUGCAGUGUUAUUCUUGGACAGCUGCAAAACAAUCAGACCAAACUUCAUUUGUUGUACAGUAGCUUUGAAAAGACCAAUGAUACUUUUGAUUUGAAAUCUAAAUGUAUUAGAAAUAGUCCACCAGCAGCCAGGUUACACAUUUAUAAUGUUUGUGUCAACCUGCAAUAAAAGAUCACACUUAGAUUCUACAAACUCAGCGGUUCACGAGUCGACCGACACUUUGAGGAUAUUUCUUUUCCUUUAGUCUCAGUCCCGCUCUCUUCAUUCUGCCUCUGCGGACGCUUCACUUGUUUCGUCGCUGUCUACAAAGUUUCUUUCAGAUUUGACCCUGAAAAGAAGUGAAAAGUCAUAUUUGUUGCAGGAUUGAUUCACCAUCUCACCAUGUAGAAAAACUGAAGUCUAAAUGCUUCCAGCGUUCAUUCAUUCAUUCAUUCAUUCAUGCUUUGUAGAGAUGUAGCUAAACAUUUAGAGCAAGAGGCCAGAAAAGUAGUCCAUGUGUUUUUGACUCUAAUCUUUUGUAAAAAUUCAAAGUUCUCUGUAAAAAUUGUGUUUUACUUGUUAGUAAAUCUGAUUGUUUAGAGGACAAAACGAGUCUUUUUCACCACGUUGUGAUAACCAGUGGAUGCUAGGACCAGGACUCAGGACUCAGAGCUGAGCAACAAACAGGUUUAUUAGGUGGGAACAGGUUAGCAGGAGGGGGUGAAGAUGGCAAAGCUGUAGGUGCCCAGAGACUUCCAAGGAACUGAGAUGUGGGGGGAAUGAUGCUGGCAGGUGAGGAAGCCGGGAGAGGAGCGAGUCCAGGGAGGAGGAGUUUCUGAGUGGAAACACAAAGGUGAGUUCACAGAAUCACGGCCAACAAUCCAUCCAAAAACUUCAGAGAUCAGCCUGACGUCGUUUACCACAACUGAACUGGAACAGUCUGACAGCAAGCGGCUCCAACCUUGAGUAUUUAAGCCGGGCCUCGAUGAGGUGAUUGGCACCAGGUGUGUGAGCCUGGAACCUGGUCCUAGGGAGAGAGUGACACAACAGGAAGGGAGGGGUAAUGCAGGAAAAAAGAGACUGCCAGCAUGGAUAUGACACGUUCUUAUUUUCAGACCAAACCUUCUUCACACACUUUGUCAUUUUUUUUAUUUUGGUGUUUGAAAUGAGCAAAAAAGAAAUUUAAAUGUUGGAUUUCAGUCAGCACCUAACCAUCACUGUCUGCUGUGUCUUUCUUAUUUAGCUGAAGAAUCAAUAGUUUUUAUAGAGAGAGCACCAUCUAAUGGUCGUCAGAGGAACUGCAGAGAAUAAGAUUUUGCAUUAUCAUUCAUUGCUUUGGCAACAUUUUGUUUCUCACAGAAAUAAAUGAGUAAACAUU